UUUUGGAUAAAAACAAGCACUUUAAAAUUACAUAAGAAUAACGCAACAACAUUGCGCUUACUUGGUAGUAAACAAAUUUUGUUUUAACAAUGGCGUGGAACCAACAAACUUUUAAUUCUGGAUAUCAGCAGUCUCUAGGUUACAUGCAAUCUUUACCUGCUGGUCAAAAACAAGUAUCAAGUACCUGGCCCACUGGUAGUUACCAACCACAAGGUAACUACCAGCAGGCACCACCUGGCCAGCAGCCAUCAACUGGUAAUUACCAACAACCAACAUCUUUUAAUUAUCAGCAACCACCUCUCGGUAAUAAUCAGCAGCCACCACCUAAUUAUAGACAAUCAUCUGCUAGUAGUUAUCAACAGACACCUCCUUGUGGUAACCAGCAAGUUACUGGGAUAUAUCAGCAACAACAACCUAUGAGUUAUCAAUUUCAAUCUGGAGGAGUGUAUCAACAGCCAUAUAACCAGCAAUACUCACAACAAAUGCAAUUUCAGCCUGGACUAGCAGGUCCAAUACAAAGUCAAAGAGCUCCACCUGAUGGAAUCGACUCAACUCUUUGGGGAUGGUUUUUGGCAGUUGAUAGAGAUAACUCUGGAGCAAUAACUUCUGAUGAGUUGCAGCAGGCUUUGCUUAAUAACAAUUGGUCACAUUUUAAUGGAGAAACAUGUAGAUUAAUGAUUGGAAUGUUUGACAAAGAUAGGUCUGGUACAAUUAAUGUUUAUGAAUUUGCUGCAUUGUGGAAAUACAUUCAGGAAUGGAAACAAUGUUUUGAUAGUUUUGAUCGAGAUCGUUCAGGAACAAUUGACCAAAAUGAAUUAAAUCAAGCUUUCACAUCAUUUGGAUAUCGAUUAUCUCCAUACUUUUGUCAGCUGUGUGUUCGUACCUUUGAUCGAACUGGAUCAAAUACAAUGAAAUUUGAUGAUUUUAUUCAAUGCUGUGUUAUGCUAAAAACACUCACUGAUGCUUUUCGAAAACAUGAUGUUCAGCAACGAGGUGUUGUUAAUGUCACCUAUGAACAGUUUUUAGAAAUGGUUCUUAAUAACACAUUAGCUGGUAUAUGACGAAUGUAUGGAGUAUUAGUUUUGAAACACACCAAACAGGCUGGCAUGAUUGAGACCAAUCAAUGUUACUUAUGAAUUAUUACUAAGUGACUACAUCAAGUUCGAAUAUGCUGGGUUGUCUAUAUUUAAAAAUCAAUAUAUUUUUUUAUUACUUUUUUAUUUUUAAAAAGUAUCAGAUAAUCUUGAAUAUUUUUUUCUUAAUUUUAAAAAAUGUAAUUGAAUUAUUUGUAAAUUGCGUCAUUUUAAAACAAGAUUUUUCUCUAUUUGAGUUACGAAAAAGAUUAUGGAAAUAUAAUAAAUCAUAGAUUUAGGAGAUUAA